GCCUUAGUUAGAGAAUGGCAGCGGUUGGCUGCGGCUCUCCCUGCGUUACGGGCCCCGGAGGGGGGACCGGGGAGCUCACCCAGCGCAGGAAGAGAGGCACCGACUCCCGCCGCAGACAGGCUGCCUUGUUCUUCCUCAAUAACAUCUCUCUGGAUGGGCGGCCCCUGUGCCCGGUACCCCCGCCGGCCUGGGAUCUCCCGGAGCCCUCCUGCCUCACCCCGCCUGCCAAUGGGCCCCGCAUUCUGCUCUCUAGGGACACCCCCCUCCGCCAGGAACCAGAGGAGCCCCCUAGGGCCAAGCCUGGGAAAGGCUCUCAGUCCCCGGGGAACCUACAGCCCCACAGCUGCCCCACUGCGGAGAGACACCGGCCAAAGCAGCUCAGCGAGUCCCCACGACAUUCUGUUUUAAGGAAAAUUCACUUCAUUAAGAACAUGAGACAGUACGACAUCCGCAACAGCAGAAUAAUUCUGAUUUGUGCUAAAAGGUCUCUCUGCGGAGCAUUUUCUGUUUUGCCCUAUGGAGAAAGCUUACGGCUCAGUGAUCUGCGAGCGGAUGGGACAAGGCAGCGCUACCCUUCAGGUGGGGUUUCGAAUGCUGGGGACUCGAUAUUUGGGAUGGAAGGCGUGGAACUUGGAGUCGAGGGAGAGACGGUUUCCUACGCCAGGUUUCUCUACCCUACCAAUGCCCUCGUCAGUAAGAAGAGCGAAGGGCAAACUCCUGCUCCCCCGCACAGAGUCAGCUCCUACGAGUCGGCCAAAAGGAACUUCUCCUCUGCGAGGUUUACUCAAGUGGCCCCUGGAUCUGAAUUAGAAUCCGGAGAGAUUGUAGAAUAUGAUCCCAAUAUUCUGGAUGAUCCUCAGUGGCCCUGUGGAAAGCACAAGCGAGUUCUUAUCUUUGCCUCCUACAUGACUACGGUUAUUGAAUAUGUGAAACCAGCCGACUUGAAAAAAGAUAUGAACGAGACCUUCAAGGAAAAGUUCCCCCAUGUAAAGCUGACUCUGAGCAAGAUCAGGAGUUUAAAGCGUGAGAUGAGGAACGUGGCCAAAGAGUGUAACCUGGAGCCGGUGACCGUGGCAAUGUCCUAUGUGUAUUUUGAGAAGCUUGUCUUACAGGGCAGGGUGAACAAGCAGAACCGCAAGCUGUGUGCCGGGGCCUGUGUCCUACUUGCCGCCAAGAUAAGCAGUGAUUUUAAGAAGCCAGAGCUAAAGCAUUUGUUAGAUAAGCUGGAAGAGCGCUUCCGAGCCAACAGGAGGGACCUUGUGGCUUUUGAACUGACUGUGCUUGUCGCUAUGGAGCUCGCUCUCUACCUCCCCGAGGCCCAUGUAUUACCUCACUUCCGCCGUUUGACCAGGCAGCAGUAGGGGGCGCUAUUGUGUGGGUGCUGCCACUGUGGUUGCUGUCUUUGUGUAGGGGGGCUACUCGCUGCAACACAUGAGAAGGUUUAACAGAAGGCGUCGCAUUGUGCGAUACAUUUAUAACACACACACAACUUAUAGCAACUCUUCUCCGUGGCAUUUUCUCAUCCAAUCCCGCUUGCCCUGGCAUAAAGGUAAACGCUGAGAAAGUCCCCCCCGUACCCCAAAAACGAAACGAGUAACGGAAAGCACAUGCGGUGCCUUCGCGCCAGGCCCUGGCAUUGCCGAUAGAGUCAAGCCUUUAUUUUUUUAGCGAGCGUAUUGAGUUUUAAACGGGGGUUUUUACAUUUCGGGGACGACGGCGAGUGGUUUAUUCGUUUUUACGGCCGUCGAGCCUGUCGAUUGGCCGAGAGCAAGCGCUUUAACGGCAAUAAAAGUGCUUCUUCCACAAGGUUUAUUUUUUUACACAUUUGAGAGAGGUUUCUGCGGAUCCGGUGCCUUGUGAUAGGACGUUUCUUAUCUUCUUCUCAUUGGUUGGUUGAUUCCUUGGGAGGGGGCGGGGCAGUAAUAUGCAUAUAUGUUUUACAAAGAUGUGCCUAAAUUAAACUGGUCUGGUACCAGCUCUUUAUUUAUUAUACUGCGUCAAAUUCUACUUUUUUUUUCGAGAUUUUUUAAGUUAUAAGUUUGUCUCUUAAAGUUCAGUUUUCUGCUUUUUAAGCUUCUGUUUAAAGGAGAACUAAACCCUAAGGUAUAUUUUUUUUUUAUACAUGGAAGUUUUAAACUUAUAUUUUGCUGCAAUUACAAAUGUUUGGCCAAUUCUAAGCACCUUUUCAAUUGGUCUUCAUUAUAUAUUUGUUAUAGUUUUUAAAUGGUUUGCCUUCUCCCCCGUUUGAAAGCUGCAGAGAGUUAAGGUGGCCAUACACGUUAAUAUCCGCUCAAUUGGCGAGGUCGCCAAGCGAGUGGAUCUUCUCCCGAUAUCCCCACCUACGGGUGGGUGAUAUCGGGGAAAUUUAGGCUAAUUCGGUCGGAUCGAAUUAUAACGGCGGCAAUGGGCGCAGUCUGUUCGGGGACUGCAUCAACGAGCCAAUGCGGUCUCCGAUCCGACUGAAUUUUUCAACCUGCCCGAUCGAUAUCUGCCCAAUUUCAGGCCAGAUAUCGGUCGGCCAGGCCCCUCGUUUCUGCCCUUACACGGGCCGAUAAGCUGCCGAAUUGGUCUAAGGGACCCAUAUCGGCAGCUACAAAUCAGCCCGUGUAUGGGGACCUUUAUAAGAAAAAGGCAAAUAAUUAAAAAACUAUAAAAAUAAAUAAUGAAGACCAACUUAAAGUUGCUUAGAAUUGGCCAUUCUAUAACAUACUAACAGUCAAACCACCCCGACUACAAAAUAUUAAUGUUUCCGAAACAUGGUUUAGUUCUCCUUUAAAGUAACUUCCUACUCUCUAUCUGGAUGUAGGGUUGUAGUUUCCCUGCCUUUCCCUAGCUCACCUUACCGACCCUACACAAGUUACUGCCUAUAUUUAUACACCGUGUCUUGCCAAGUUGUGUUCUCAGUUGUAAGCGGACGUUGGGGCGCAGAGCAUAUAAUAAGGAUUGAAUAAGCAGAACCUCCCUUGGGUAUAUGCGCUGAAUUCCGGCUUCUGUGUCAAUAUAAUAUAUAAAGGAAUGGGUGCCUACAGGGCUUUGUGUGGGUGAACCCGGCCCACUAGUUAGCUGGUUAGUGCCAAUGUGUAUUAGUCAUAGUGGAACCCUUAGUGGUGAACGUGCAGCUGUGUGUGUAUAUUGUGCUUAACCCUAUUCUCUCCGUAGAACUAUCCGUCCCAUUGGCACAGCCGCCGUCACCUGACUUAGCCGCCUCCAUCUUUCCAACCGGUCCGAUCCCGACCAUUCAGUUCUUCCGAGCUUUGUCGACCACUGUGACGGUGUGUGAAUGCUGCCGUUUGUUGCACAUAGAACAAUAUACACAUAAUCACGUUCUCUAUGUUAGAGAAUAUUUAAUUUAAGCACAUUUGUCGUGCUGCUCUUUUGGUUCAUGCGGGGAGGGGGCGGAGUCAGUCAGUUGUGUCCGUCGUCUUGUCCCACCCACGGAAUGGGAUACACUGUGACUGGGCAGUGAUAGAUUUUCUGCUUAUUAAAGUAGCAUUAACCUAUUAUCUGCUGCUGGAGGUGCGAAAGUUCACUUACUGGGAAAAUAUACCGUUUAUAGGUGGUAGAUAUACUCUUAGACAGUACAGUAUGAGGGAACAGCUUAUUGUGUGCCCAGAACAUUCCUUCUCUGUAUAUUUGUAUUUAUACAUAUGGGUAGGGGGUGCCAUAGUGUUUCCCUUAGACAGUACAGUAUGGGGGUACAGCUUAUUGUGUGCCCAGAACAUUCCUUCUCUGUAUAUUUGUAUUUAUACAUAUGGGUAGGGGGUGCCAUAGUGUUUCCCUUAGACAGUACAGUAUGAGGGAACAGCUUAUUGUGUGCCCAGAACAUUCCUUCUCUGUAUAUUUGUAUUUAUACAUAUGGGUAGGAGGUGCCAUAGUGUUUCCCUUAGACAGUACAGUAUGGCGGUACAGCUUAUUGUGUGCCCAGAACAUUCCCUCUCUGUAUAUUUGUAUUUAUACAUAUGGGUAGGGGGUGCCAUAGUGUUUCCCUUAGACAGUACAGUAUGGGGGUACAGCUUAUUGUGUGCCCAGAACAUUCCCUCUCUGUAUAUUUGUAUUUAUACAUAUGGGUAGGGGGUGCCAUAGUGUUUCCCUUAGACAGUACAGUAUGGGGGUACAGCUUAUUGUGUGCCCAGAACAUUCCUUCUCUGUAUAUUUGUAUUUAUACAUAUGGGUAGGAGGUGCCAUAGUGUUUCCCUUAGACAGUACAGUAUGGGGGUACAGCUUAUUGUGUGCCCAGAACAUUCCUUCUCUGUAUAUUUGUAUUUAUACAUAUGGGUAGGAGGUGCCAUAGUGUUUCCCUUAGUAUAAUAUGAGGGUAGAGCUUAUUGUGUGCCAGAAUAUGUAUAUUUAUACAUAUGAGUAGUGUCUUCCUAAGAGACAGUACAAUAUAAUAUAUUUUUAAGCCUGCCAAACAUUGCAUAAAAAAAAUGCAUAAAAGGCAUUUUCUGGUGUGACUUGCCCUUUAAACAUUCUGUCUAAGAAAAAUACAAAUGCAGUGGGCUCUGUUUGGAAAAAGCUGCCGACAAGGCAAGAACCCACUCCCAUUCCUACGGGGGAAUGAAUGUUCUGGGCAGUUUACUGGGAAACACAAUAGACGACCACCUUAAAAACGGUAAAUUUACCCUUUAUUGUGACAUUGCAAUAGAGUUCCCUCCUCCUCAACUGUUUAAAUCACCAGCAUUUAAAUCUUCUUAUUCCCUGCCACCGCUCUGACAGUUACAGCGCCCCCUUGUGGUUGGGUGUGUGUACUGCGCCUGUCUGUGUGCUCUCACCCCCAGUUACCCCCAGAGAUGGCACGUUCCAGACACCCGUAGGCGGCAGGGGGAGCGCCCCACAAAACGCAAGGGCUUGCACAACAUUUUUUUCUUCGCAUUUGAACUCGGAGAUGCAUUUUUGCUGUAGAAUUCUAAUUUAUUCUUUAUUUUUAAAUAAACCGUGUGUCUCGUUUUGCUGUGAACUCAGAUAGAAAAUUGUAUUUUUUUGGUCCUUAUUACUGAGGCAUUAGAAUCUUUAUGGAUAAGCUGUAUCUAAUUUUAUAUAUAUAUAUAUAUAUAUAUAUAUCGAUAUAUAAUAAAAACUGUGUUCCUCUGGGGCUUCCAGAACCGUUUCAGCCAAUGAUAUGAUCCCUUUUUUUCGAGUUUGUAUCCGUGUGCGAAUUAUUGAACGUUUUGCAGUUAAUGAGAACCAAGCACCUUGUUUGUAACGACCAUUCCUGUGUGUUCCUGCUGGUAAUGUAUUUGUCACAUUACAGAGUAGAUGUCAAUAAAGUUUUUAUACAGGUUUUAA